AUGGCCUCCAUCGUCAAAGCAGUGGGCGACCUCUUCCAGUCAGUGCUGGAGCUCAUUUGGAGCUUCAUCAGCACCGCCGGCGACCUCGUACAGAAGACGUUUGCCUUCGUGAUCCGUUCCUUCAAUGAGCUUGUCUCUCUCUUCCUCAACUUUGCCAAGGGUCUCGUUGAGCUUGCUGGAGGCUUGACUUCAUUCGUGCUGGGCAACAUCGUCAUCCUCGGUGUCAUCGCUGCCGCAUUCGUCGGUUUCUUGCAGUACCAACGCAGCCAGGGAAGAGCCGUCAAGGUCGGAGACAAGAAGUUGAAUUAAGUCAUGUUUGGGAAUAUGGGACGACCUAUUGAGGUGGAAGUUGAAUGCGCAGCUACGUGUGGGGACUAGGUGUAGCUAGGUGAACCUGGAGUGGAGUGAGACGGAUACGAUACCCUUGAUUACCGCAGCCGUAGUGGGGCAAUGAUGGUUUCUGGUCGUUUUGGCAAUGAAUACGGUCUCAUUUAUAUUCAAGAUUGUUAAACGGUGCUUGCUUUGGUCUGGAGCCUGCGUCAAUGUGAAGUAGCUGCCUGCGUAUUCCGAGGCACGACCCGCAUACAUCAAAGUACGUCCCGGAUAGAAGGAGGCCUCUAUCACUCUUCUAUGAAACGAGAUAUUUUAUGGCGAACGAGAUUGCAAUUCGCAUUGUUUAAUUAUUUUGGUGAGUGGGAGAGCUUCGCAAUAAUCAAAGCCUACUAGUAGUACUAUCACACUUGGGUAGGCCGAUGGCAACAAUGGACAUUGCCCACAACAAAAUUAUAGAGCG